AUGACGUCCAGGCCGCAGCCGCGCCGUCGAGUGGUCAUCAAAAGAAAGGUGUCGUCCUCGACCUUCGAGAGACACAAGGCAAAGAUGGAAAAUUUGGGACUUGACCCAUCUGAUCCACUGCCGCCGCAAUCAGAGCAGCUGUUGGACAUGGCAGAGGCCAAGGAGAGGAAGACUGUGAGCCUGAAGACGCGCACUCUGGAGGAACAGAUUGUGGCCAAGAGGUAUGAUCGUGCACUCGAGCGCUUUGCACAGCAGCAAGAAGAGUGGGAGAAAUUCCGGCAUCAUGCUUCUCGCAAGACCGGCAGAGAUAAGGAAGAGCUCGUGGUCACACGAGCGGAAGAGUAUAGGGAGCGGCUAGAGGUGAUGGAGUUGCUUGAUCGAGCAACACCAGAUGAGAUCAAGAGCGGGGGUUUCAACUGGUAUCACUCUCUUCGAGGAGACGGGACGCGAUUCAUCCGAGUUGGCAACAUGUUCUCGGGGCUGUACUUGCCGCUGAAGUUGCACAAGGAGAACUUUGUGCACGAGAUCAUUAGGAAGCCCUUGCUGGUGGACCUGACGACUGCAAGGCACACAGCGGAGGCAAGUGGCAGGAAGAAGCCUCGAUCAUGGCGGGAUGAUGAGUACCUGCUAACGAGGAUCCGCAAGUAUGGAGCAAAGAUGAAGGAGUUGGCGCCCGGACAGCUCGAGUAUGACGAAGUCAUGGAGCCCGAGUAUGGUACAGUAUGGGCAGUACGAAGACAUUGUCAAGGCCUCGCUGAGGAAGAGCUCAUGGCGGCCCUGCUAGAAGAGGGCAGCACUGACAACACCAUGCCACUCGAACAGGAGCCGCUGGCAAGUGCUGCCUGCGCGGCGCCAAUUGAAGGUCCACAUGCGGAGGUGGCGCCGGCUCAGCUGCAUUUCCAGGCGGAUGUGAAGACGGCGUGCACCAGAACAAUCCGCCUGAGAAACACCGGGUCCGCAGCGAUCCAGUUUGAGUGGGUGCAGAACGCUCCACGGCAGGGCUUUCAGGAGAGCAUGCUGCCACAAGAUCCAACUCAACAUUUCACUUGUCACCAGACUUCUGGGCGAGUUCUUCCGGGUGAGGAUGUUCAGACCAUGUUCUCCUUCACUUCCUCGGCCCCGGGCACCUUCCAGUCAUCCUGGUGUCUCCAAACCUAUCCACAGCUUUCGGAACCCAUUACCGAACUUGCGAUGAACGGGUCAGCGACAGCUGGAGAUGCUCACUGGGAGAGGAGAGCAGCGUUGCAAGCGCACAUGGUCAAAGAGCAGACCAUCAGCCUGGCCUCCGAGCUUGCUGAAGACAUCGUGGCAUCGGCCGUGACAGACGUCCGGCUCUUUGAAGAAGUGAAUGGCGCAGAUGGCUUGUUCUGGUCGCCACAGUCUCAGUGGAUACUUGCUGGAGGCAUGGACGACACAGGCAAAGACGCUGAUCAGGAACACUUCCUAUCGAACGAGUCGUCCCGUCUGACGUUGCUGCUGAUGGCGGCCGCAGUCUUAUUUUUCCGCUUGCCAGACAUUGUCAGACAGUCACCCCAGGCCCCAUAUCAAAGGUUCGAGCACUUAAUUAUGGAUGUUCAGCGGACAAGCUGCAACUCCGCGAAGCAGUAUCGGGAGGAACUUCAGCUUAAGCAGAGAUCAAGAGCACAGCGACAGGGCAUGCAGGGUGUUCAAGUCUCAACCAUGCGUUUCCCUUGCAGCGCCGCGCGCGGUUGCGAUGCGCUCGGCAAGGCCCCGCCGAACGCAGCUUCGAGCCUCCACCGGGGGCUCGCGGCCUCAGGAAAGGAAUCGACGGCAGUGGCAAUGAAUGACGGCAGUAGGCAACAUUUGAGUGGAAGGAGAAUGGUCAAGCUUUGCGCCAAGUCCGGAAAGUUCACAGUUCCAAGGACAGAGAAGAGCGAGCUGCAGUUCGAGCUGGAUCGAGCGAGCCGCUGGGCGAGGCGGCAGCCGUUAGAGCGGUCGCCGCUGUGGUGGUUGGCCUACGAGACCAUCCUGGAGGUUGCCUCGGUUCUUCCAGGAAAGUGGGCAGCGACACGCCAGCGUAACGGGUUGGAACCUCUACCUUUCUUGACGCCGCCUGAUGAUGAUGCUGCUCCAGAGGUGGUGGAGGAAUACAACCAGAAGCUCGAGGAAAGAAAAGCCAAACUUGCACCAGAAGAGAAGGAGGCAGAGGUUCGCGAGAUUUUCUGCCGUGGCUUCAUCAAGAACAAGUUUGGACCUGCCUGCGAGAGAUUCGAGGUUGUAGCCAAAGAGGCAACGGUCACAGCUCGCAUUUCGCGCGCCGGCGGCCUCUCCUUAGCUGACAGACUGCGGCCAUACCUGGGCCAGACAUCUGCCGAGGCUCCUGAGGGAGACGAGCUGGAGGAAGGAGAGGAACCUCCAGCCGAAGCUCAGGACUUGGGCGACGGAAUUUUCGUAUCGAGGGCUGCCAGCUCCUCAGGACUAGGAUCUCAGGCCUUGGUCUUCAGUAUUGCUUACAUGGAUUCUGACAUUGGUCGUGUCUACAUGAGGUUCUACCCAGCCAUCGAAAGUGAACUGUCGGACUUCGUGGAAAUCAUGUUGCAUGCUCAGAUGGGUUGUUUCAUGCCCAUAGGACACGGCAUGUCACCUCUUGCUGCUGUCUGGAAUAUGAGGCAGCUGCCGAUUCGAGCCUCGAUUGCUGAGGAGGCCGCCAGGGAAGCGGCACAAGCAGAGCUGGGCAAACCAGCUGUGGAUGAGGAUGGCAAAGAAACCAUCCCUGCUCCACUGCUCAUAAUUCUUGGCGGUGGCUUCAGUGCAGAGGCUCAAGAGGAAGUGCUCUUGAAGAAACUAGAGCUCCUGAUCGGGCUCUCACGCUUCGCAGAGUACGAGAAGGGUGGAGUGCAUGUUUUCGCUGGCGGCGCACUUGCCACCUACAUUCUCUCAGGCGUCCUGGGCAUGGCGAUGGGCCCCAGCAGUGUGCACGAUGGCGCGAUCAAAGCAUCGCUCAAGGAGGCGAAAGACGGAGAGGAGCCCAGUGACCCGCAGGAUUCUGGUGCUGGACUUGCAGCGCCGUUGGCGGUGAGCAGCCGAAGAACGUUGUUUGCUGUUUGCGAUGCGGUGAAGUCUUCGCUUGACACUGAGGCUGCAUGGUAUGUUGUCCACGAAUCUUUGGGGCAGGGCUCCAUGGGGACUGUCUACCGCGGGACCAGAAGGACCGACCAGAGAGAAGUUGCCUUGAAAGCCAUGCAGGCGCUUGAUGAGGAAAUGACGGCAUUGUUCAAGCAGGAAUUCACGAUUCUGCGCAGGCUGAAACAUCCUCACAUAAUUGAGGCGCUGGAUUUCUUCGUGGCCGAGGAUCAGGCAGUUUUGGUUCUGGAACUCUUUGAGGGCGUAGCGCUAACGAGCGCUGCUAAAUGGACGCCCUUUGGACUUCCGGAGUCUGUUGGGCAACGGCUCUUCAAGCAGCUCAUGCUGGCCACUGAUUACUUGCACCACCGGCAGAUCAUCCAUCGAGACAUCAAGGGCGAAAAUGUCCUGGUGAGCCAGAACUUAAUGGAUCUCCGCCUUAUUGACUUCAAUAGUGCUAGGUGUUUGCUGGAAGGAGGCUCCCUUACCAACGCCGGCACACAGGAGUACGCUUCCCCGGAAGUUUGCAGGGGCGAGCCGCACUCUGCCAGCAGUGAUAUCUGGUGUGCCGGCCUUUGCCUUUAUCUCAUGCUGGCCGGGCACCUUCCCCGAAGGGGGCAUCAGUACAAGAGCUUCGAGGCCUUCAAGCAAGCUGUUUCAAGGGAACCUAUAGUGGCCAAGGGCCGUAUCGAGAACUGCUCGGAGGCAUGCAGGGAACUGCUCUUGCUGUGCCUGAAGCUAGACACGGCACAGAGGCCUUCUGCAGAAGUCCUCCUGGGAUACGAAUGGCUGCGAGGGGGUAAAAGGCACACAAUACAGCCAAGGCUGCCAGUGGUGAGCGAAGACGGCGGCAAGGAGGAGGGUCCCACUUCGCCGAUCUCACGUGAAUGCUACGUCUCAGUGGACACGCAGCAUGGCAUCCUUCACCUUCAGAAGUGUGAGCUGAGAACUCGGCAGUCGAGUUCCGCAUGGUGCAGCUGUGGAGGGCCCAUGUGCAGAGGAACCUUGACUAAGCUUUCCGAUGCUGCGCCAGAUGCUCGAGAUGACGAGGCUGUGCCGACCGAGGCCGAUGGCGAUGCAGUUGCGACAAGCGCAAGUGGCAUCCCUGAAGCCUGGACAGUGCGGGACAUCGGUCCCGCAGCAUUGGAGCAGCUCAGGACGCUCCUCAGGCGAAGCCGUGGAGCAAUUUGGAAUGGAGCUCUCGGCUGCCAUGAGGAUGCCCGCUGGCAGAAAGGUACUCAAGAGCUCAUAAACCUGCUUGAGGGCCGCUUGACGGGUGCCGGCGAGGCUGACGAGGACGAGGAGGAUGAAGAAGAUGAAGAGGAAGAAGAGGACGAAGGCGAUGACGAGGAUGUCGAAGCAAAGCCAAGGAAAGAGCCCAAGCUGCCAAAAGAACGUCCAGCGGAGUUUGAGGUGGCUGCCGUCCUUGGUCGCGACAGUUGUCGGCUUCUUGCGGAGAUGGCAGAAAAUCCUGCGCACGCAUCUUUCGUCUCCAACACGGGCGAGGGCCUGCUACAUCUUCUUCGCGGAUCACCGCU